GCGGGAGGAAGUGGAGGCGUUGGUUGUGGAGCAGAUUCGCUGCUGUCGACACGGACACGGACACGGACACGGACACGGACACGGACACACGGGCACGGACACGGGGCGCCGAGGGGGAGCCGCGGAUCCGCGAUGGAAACGACGGCGGCGCCGCGCGGGAACAACUCGGGGAUCGGGAUCCGCGAGGCUGCGAAUAAUCACAGAGCUGCUUUGAGAUAUGGAGACGUUGGUUUCAGAGCGGCAGUUAUUGCCUCCAUUAUUAGCACAGCCGUUAUUUUAUUGAUGAGCAUGGUUUUUUUAACCAGUUGUCUUGUCAAAUGUGUGCGGAAAAAAGAACGACGGAAGCAUCAGAGAGACUUACAAACAUGGUGUCAGAUUGAAUGUAAUGUACUGGAUGAAUCGAGAGGCUUUUGCCAAGGAUACAAAGGCAGAAACAAUAACAACAACAAACUCCGGGAUAACUUAUUAAUUGAAGAAAUAGAGAGUGGACUGGACAACAACAGAUUCUUCAGGAGUCCAGGGAAGUUGACAUUGGAGGCCCCACUGCACUGUGGUGUGAAGACAUCACACCUGACGUUUCACCCUUGGAACGUGGACUUUUCCACAACUACUGACUCUGGGAUUUUAUUGAGUUCUGUGACUGAGGAGCACAUUGUUGAAAUCGCAGUCGGAGACACGUCUGGGCUUUCUACAGUGAGACACCUCACCUGACCCAGGGUCCGUGUGAUGUUGCAACUGAUGCAGAGACACCCCACCUCCACCUCCGCCCCGUCACACAACUGCAGAUUGGACUUUCAUCAACGUUUUACUGACACAGCAUUUAUAUUAAAAGUGUUUGCUCUUGACAACCACCAUUUCAGAAAUCUAAUCAAUGAAAAUGAAUGAAAUAUAGUUGUGGCAUUAAUGAUAGUAUUGCUAGGGUGGAUAUAAGAUGCAGUUUGGUCUACAGUAGCCAACUAAACAGUUUGAGCCAGUGUUAAAAGUUGCCUGUAGUUAUUACCCAUUGGUCAUUGUGCUUCCACCAUAACACGCUAAUAUUUAAACACAUUAUUACAGCAACAAUUUCAAAUCAGUGCGGAGUUUUAAGGUGAUGUAUCUGUGAGAUUUAUUCAGUCUGCAACUGUGUGGCCAGGAUAAAUACUGGCGUGACAGCGGGCAGUUACAUUCUACUGAUGCAUGUGACAGUCAAAUGCUGCACAUCCCACUGGACUAACUACAUAAUCAACGCCACACACCUCCAGCAUCUGUGAGGGUCUCACAAUGACUUUCCAUCCUGACCUUAGCUUUAUAAAGAUCCACAGACUCUGGCCUGGAUUGUUCAACUGCUGUUGUCUGAUUAAACAUGAUUAUAUCAAUCUUCAGCAGCUGCUUGUUCUUUCAGACACUGGCAGGUUGUACCUCCAUCCUUGCCCACCUGAGUUCUCAUCUCUCCCCUGCACCUUCCUGGUGACCACCCCACAGGGCUCAACAGUGGUUCCCCCUCCAACCCCUCAAUCCUGGAUCAGCUGUGGUUUAAUAUCAAUGAGACCAUUCUCCUCCUAAAUCUCCCUCCCUUCUCCCCACUGCCCUUUACCUCAGCUUUGCUGCAUCACCUAUAUCACCUGCAACACCUAUAUCACCUGCAUCACCUAUAUCACCUGCAACACCUGUACGUCAGUCACAGCUAGCUCACUUCUCAGUUGUUUCCUUCUGCUUCCACUGAUGACGCUUUCAUCAAAACCAAUCAAUGUCCACUGCGGGCAAUGGCUCAAUGCUUUACUGCCCAGCCUCCUACCUGAUCAAAUCCUGGAUAAAGCAACUCCUGGCUGUGGAAAGGAUCAUUUUGUGCAGGAUGCAUCUCUCCUUCCGAAAGGUAAAGGUAUGCAGAUAAUGGUACGUGAUAUGGUCAGGUAAAGAUUUUCUGAUUAUUCCAUCAGGAGCACUGGAUGAUCAAUGUUUAUCCCUGCAAUAUGAUAUAAUUUCAAGCUUAUGAAUAUGGUUCUGAUUUGUCCUGUCAUAUUUCUUUUGGUGCCUUUGCUAUUUUACUGAAGAUUUUUCCUUCCUUCGUGUCAGUAUUUACCCAGAUUGGACACAUUUCCUUCACUGAUGUUCACACUGAAGUAUAAGUGGAGAUGAGUAGGUGCAGGCACAUUGUUACUGCCACAAUACAGCCUUAUUUCCAACUGAUGGGGUACAGGAUCACUUCUGAAUCUCCCAACAAGAUUGUGGUGUUGUAACAUUUUAAACUGCAGCUAUAUUGUCAAUCUGUUUUGCAAAUGAUGAAUAACUAAUCUUCCGAGUGUUGAAAUAAACUAUUCAGGACUGGAUGUGAAUGAGUGAAGCUGUAACAUUGCCCAGUCCACACAAAGGAUUCAUUACGUGGGAAGGUGUGUCUGGGACAUUCGGCCACACAGGUACGUCAGUGGCAUUUCAAAUACUUUUGGAUAAACAUAUGUAUUGGAGGGAUAUGGGUUAGAUGCAGGUAGAUGUGAUGGUCUUGGCAUUAUGUACAGCACAGACGUUGUGGGCCGAAGGGCCUGUUCUUGUGCUGCACUCUUCCCUGUUAUAUAUUGUAAGAGACAGCAGAGUUUAAUAGGAGAAAACUUUUUCUCAUUAUUGUCAGUAUUACCACAAUUCAGUUGGUCAACACGAUUUAAACCAAGACGUUUGGCUACACAUUGCACCAACUUCCUGAAUGUCAAUUACAAAAUACACAAAGUGCAAAGGAUGAAAUCGCACAAGGCUUUGUAUUCAUAUUUAUUUUACAGAUGUCAAAGAUUUGAAUGUUGUAAAUGUUCUGAGAAUGUUCACAUUUGCCACAACCUUGCAAUGAGACGGGCACAUGUGUAUGGUUCACACCGUGACACACUCACACAGGGACACACUCACACCGUGACA